CUUCUCUUCUCUCAAGGCUCCAAGAUGUCAUCCAUCAGCUUCUUGACAUGCAUCUUCAUGCUUUUCAUUCUCGGAGCAGUAUCCAAACCUCUCGACGACCUCUCCACAAACUCGUCCCUGGUUGAGCGAGCUCUACCUCCCAUCCGCCCCAAGGACCCAAAACGAGGCCACUCAUUCCACAACACAGACUACCUUCAGAAAUGGGGCGGUGCUGGAAGUCAGGUCUCAUGGGCUUACAACUGGGACUCGUCCAUGCCUUCAAGCUUUCCAAAGAACCUCGAGUAUGUUCCCAUGUUGUGUUGUGGAGUAAUGGUGCAGAUCAUACUAGACAGUGGGUCACAAACGCCAACGCUGCCAUCGCUCGUGGAUCCUACCACCUUCUCUCAUUCAACGAGCCAGACCGUUGUGCAAGCGGAGGGUCUUGCAUGUCGCCCAAAGAUGCAGCGAACGCUUACCGCACUUUCAUGGUCCCGUUCGCUGGACGAGCAUAUCUUGGAGCACCAGCUGUGACAAACGGACCAUCUGGGAUGAAAUGGCUGAAGGAGUUCUUGUCGCUUUGCACGGGCUGCCAUAUCGACUUUGUCCCUAUUCAUUGGUAUGACUCUGCUACCAAUGUUGGGUACUUUAAGAACUACAUUGCGGAUGCUCAUGCGGUUGCUGGGCAUGACUUGUGGAUUACUGAGUUCAACGGCUCAGGCAGUUCCGCUGAAAAGGAAUCAUUCCUUCGUACUGUGAUCCCAUGGCUUGAUGCUCAGUCGUACAUCACGCGCUACUCUUGGUUCUGGUGUGACGCGAAGUCUACUUUGGGAGCAAUCGUGGACAAGAAGGGAAAUCCGACGAGCCUAGGGAUAGUGUAUGGCUAUCUGGCAUUUUGAUGGCUUGAACACCUACUGGUUGCUGGACGUUGCUGCCCUAUUGGUGAAUUGUGC